AUGAAAUUUGAUAAUAAUAAUAUCAGCAAACACCCAUUUAUUAUUGGUGUUACAGGUGGUACAGCAUCCGGUAAAACUACAGUCUGUGAUGAAAUUAUGAAAAGAUUAGGUCAUAAAAGAAUUGCCAUCAUUUGCUUAGAUUCAUUUUACAGACCAUUAACCAAAGAAGAUAGAGAAGAAGUCGCCAGUUAUAAUUUCGAUCAUCCAGAUGCUUUCGAUUGGCAAUUAGUUCAAAAUGCAUUAAUUGACUUAAAAGAAGGUAAAAAUGUCAAUAUCCCAACCUAUUGUUUCAAGUCACAUUCACGUUUAGAAGAAACUGUCGAACUCUGUGAUGCCGAUGUCAUUCUCUUUGAAGGUAUCCUCUCAUUUUACACAGAAUCUCUUCGUAAUCAAAUGGACAUGAAAAUUUUUGUAGAUACCGAUUCCGACACAAGAUUAAGCAGAAGAGUAAUGAGAGAUAUCGCCGAAAGAGGCCGUAACCUUGACAGUGUCCUCUUCCAAUACGAAAAAUUUGUUAAACCAGCUUUUGAUGAUUACAUCCUCCCAACUAAAAAAUAUGCUGAUGUUAUCAUUCCAAGAGGUGCCGAUAAUGUAGUUGCUAUUGAUUUAAUCGUUCAACAUAUUAGCUCAAAAUUAUCAGAAAAAGAAUUUUUAAGAAAAUCACAACAACUUUAA